AUGGAUAAAGAGGUUGUGUUGACUAGACGUCGUUCUAGCAUAUUCUCUUUGCUGAAAAAGCAGAAGAAACUCUCGCGGCAAUUGUCCGAACCGGUGCAAGUUAGGAAGUUUUCCGUGGAUUCGGCUAUCAAAGAUCGUAGAUUGGAUGCAUUGAUACUAGCCAGUGAUGAACUAGCUGGUGCUGCAUCCGACACUGACAGCGAAGAGCCUGGCAUGCAAGACACUCAGGUGAGGGACGACGUGGUCAGAAAACAGGAUAUCCUGGAAAGAAUUAACAGCCUCUACGUGGAGGACCCGGAUAGAGAAAUCGGCGUGGCUGGUGAAUUGGUUGAGGAAGUAGCCGAAGAAAACAAAUCUUUGCUAUGGUUUCUGUUGAAACAAGUCCGGCCCGGUAUGGACCUGUCAAAAGUCGUCCUACCCACAUUCAUAUUGGAACCGAGGUCCUUUCUGGACAAACUAUCGGACAAUUACUAUCACGCCGAUUUAUUGAGUCAGGCCCAUUCUACGGAGGAUCCUUACCAGAGGUUUAAGUGUGUGUUGAAGUGGUACCUAUCGGGUUUGUACCGGAAACCAAAGGGUCUGAAGAAGCCUUACAACCCGGUGCUUGGAGAGACGUUCAGAUGCUGCUGGCGACAUAGGAACAGUGAUACAUACACUUAUUAUAUAGCUGAACAGGUUUCCCAUCACCCUCCCGUAUCAGCUUUCUACGUUUCCAACAGGAAAGAUGGUUUUGUUAUCGAAGGAAGUCUCCUGGCAAGGUCCAAAUUCUAUGGUAACUCAACAUCCGCUAUACUAGAAGGCUGUGCUCGAAUACAUUUACUGAAUUGGGGCGAGACUUACAUCACGACCGCGCCCUACGCGCACUGUAAGGGACUUGUGAUCGGGACACUAAGUAUGGAGCUCGGGGGAAAGGUGCAUAUUAUAUGUCAGGAGACCGGAUACCAAGCGGAUGUGGAGUUCAAAUUACGAUCGUUCCUGGGUGGAGCUGAUCAAACGAACGCUAUAUCCGGGAGGAUAAAGAAAGGAAAGGAAACUGUCGCGACUGUCGAUGGAUAUUGGGACGGACGGAUAGACAUUAAGGACAAGCGGAGCGGGGAAGAAAGUAAUCUACUCGACGUGUCUAUACUAAAGGAUCAGCGACUACCACGAUACUUGGUGAGGCUCGAUAAACAAGGAGAGUGGGAAUCGCAAAGACUCUGGAGCAAAGUGUCUGAAGCUAUACAUCAUGAAGACCAGGUGGUAGCGACAGAAGAAAAGACAAUAAUAGAAGAGGCUCAGCGGGCCCGCGCUAGAAAUGUUACAGUAGUGUGGAGCCCGCGACUCUUCACGAGAGGGAACUGGGAUGUACCUGAUGGAAUAACAGACCAGGGUUGGAAAUACUGCCACUCAAAUACAAGUCCCUGGCAGCCAGAAGAAGUGAUGGAAUAUGAAGAAGAAUAUGUGAUAACUUCUCUGAAGAAUGUGGCGAGAAGCAGUGACCCUCGUCUUAGAGAGAUAGUGACUCGAUCAGAUUCUGACAGUAGAGAUGAAAUAGCUAGGAGGACGAAGGCUACUGCGGCUCGUACAUCCGGUGAGUCUAGACUGCGUGAGACUCGCCGCUCAGACUCGGACAGCCACGACGAUCUGGCGAGACGGUCUAAGACGUCCACACGCAGUCUCAAACAGACGUUGUCAAGUAUAGACUCGACCAUUAAAGAUCAGACUCUAGCUAUAGAUAGACUCACGAGGAUUGUGGAGAACAUUAGUGAGGGGCAGAGGGCGAACGCCCACAGGCAGCAGAACCUGGGGCGAAGCCCUACGACCUCCCACUCGUGGGAUCUAUUCGGGGGCUUCGUGCUGGCCAUGGUGUUGCAAUCACUACUCAACUGGAUAUUCUAUCACAAAGACUGA